AUGGCUUUUCAGGUCUUAUCUACUGCCGUUUUAGCUUCUGUUCUCUGGACUACCCUGUACUUGGUGCUACGAAAAGCCUACCCCAGGCCUUUGCCAGGCAUUCCUUACAAUCACGAUGCUGCUAGGAAAUUGAUGGGUGACCUAGCGGAGCUGGGAGAGAGACAGAAGAAUGGUGGAAGCUUGAGACCGUGGUUUCUUGAGCAGGCCAGGAGACACAACUCUGCUAUAACGCAGAUCUUCUUAGGACCUUUUGCAAAACCUGCUGUCCUUAUCUCGGAUUAUGUUGAAGUUAACGAUAUUUUGAGCCACCGAGACGCCGUCGACUUCAAGAGAGGGAAGAAGGUGGACGUUUUCAGCGGUGUCCUCCCGUAUGCCCACCCCGCUAUGGAGACUUUUGAUCCGAGGUUCAAGAGCAGCAGGGACCUCGUCCGGGAUCUUAUGGUGCCAUCUUUUUUGAAUAAAGUUAAUGCACCCCAUACGUAUAUAGUAGCACAGAGCCUUGUAGAGCUUUGGAGGCUAAAGGCAAAUAUCGCUCAAGGCCGGCCAUUUGAAGCAUCCGAAGACAUUGUGGAGUUUUCUUUUGAUUCCAUCCUGAGUGCUGCCAUCGGUUUGGAAAACGGCCAGGGAGAUGUGCAACGCCAGUUGUCCUUUCUACGCCAAAGAGAAUUUGACGAGCGCCAUGAGGUGACCAACACCUCUAUCAACAAACCCAUUAAGAUUCCAAGUGCCGGAAGAUCGACGAAGCUCGCGGCCCUCAGUGUCGAUGAGGAGUUCCUUUGGAAAGGUUUUUAUAUGCCCUCACCAUGGCUCUAUCACAGACUUAAUAAACUGCGACCAUCUGUCAGAGAUGCAGGACGUACACUCCGGGGGUACAUCGAAUUGCGAAUCGCUAAAGCCGCACCAAAUCUCGCGAGAGGAUGCCAGCCCGAAUCGGCUUUGGACCACGUCAUUCAGCGCGAGAUAAGAGCGGCAGAAAAGGAAGAACGCGCCCCAAACCUCCAAGAUCCCCGAAUCCGCGACGAGAUCUACGGCUAUCUCAUUGCGGGUCACGAUACCUCAACCGGCUCGCUUAUAUGGCUCAUGCGCAGGCUUAUGUCUCACCCGGGUGAGCAAGCAAAGAUCCGCCGCAAUCUACACGAGACGUAUAGUGCGGCGCGGCGCGAGAAGCGACUACCCACCGCAACAGAACUUACGAGUAUGCAUGCGCAUUACUUAGACGCCUUUAUCGAAGAAGUACUAGGGUUGAACAGCCCCGUGGUAACCAUCAUGGUGACCACACGCAGGGACACUGUAGUGCUUGGUCACUCUAUCCCGGGUGAUACCCAGGUGUUUCUUAAUCUUACUGGCCCGUCCUUGAAUAUGCCAUCGGUUGAUGUUGAUGAGCGAGACCGCAGCGAGACGGCUAGGUCAUAUAGCCAUCUGAGGCAGAACUGGGAUGCUCAAGAUCCCGGUUUGUUUAAGCCCGAACGCUGGCUGAGUAAGGACAAGAAUGGCUGCGUUGUAUUUAAUAGUUCAAGCGGUCCAAAUCUUGCCUUUAGUGCGGGAAACAGAGGGUGUUGGGGCAAGAGGCUGGGUUACCUAGAGUUGCGCAUCAUACUUUCUCUGCUGAUCUGGUCCUUCGACUUUGAUCUACCAGAGGAGCUUGUCUCAUGGGAUAUGUAUGAUUCUCUUGUCACAGCACCAAAACAGUGCCUGAUCAGUGUAACUGAAGUCGAAUGA